AUGAUUGAGUCCCUGCAGGGGGGCUUCCCUCAAUUCUCCAGGUUGCCGUUGGAGUUACGAGACCAGAUCUGGGGAUAUGCACUUCCGGAACCACGAGUCUACGAAGUGAUCGACUCACCAUCCUCUUCUACCCCUCAGUCCACACCUGCAAGUCGCCUCAUGUUCGCCGACGUUCGCAAUGAGCCACCUCCAGCCAUCGCCCGGGUGUGCCACGAUGCCCGGCAGGCAGUGCUGCGCCGCUACAAGCCUCUCGUCUUUUCUGGAACUGUUAAACAUAUCGACCUGUCGCGCGACAUAAUCCUUCUGGACUCGUACUUGCAGGUCAAGAGGUUGUUGAAGGUCAUCCGCCUCCUCAGUCAGAUCGAGGUCUUACGUAAGAGCAUAUACAGGCUUGCUCUAGGGACUUCGUGGGGUCUUUACACUGGGCUGCAUCUACGCAUGUUUCACAAAACGGUGCAAACGAAACGAAAUAUGACGAAAUUUCUGGAGCAUUUGUCCAAGUUCCGGCGGCUGAAGACCCUCAUUCUAGUCGUCUACCAACGAUCGGCCUUCAACCUGAAGCUCAGAUGGCCUUCUGAACACCAAAGCUUGUCCUGGCGGCAUUACGACCUUUGGCAACCAUACCACUACAACUUUAAUGUCAAUUUCAACUUCGACAACUACUUUUUGCGUCGUCCACAUCAAAGUAUGCUUGUCAAAUACGAGUCGGAAGUCGUCGACAAAACAAACAUAACAUGCCCGCAAGUCGCCCCUCGCCAGCCCAAACAACAGCCGCAAGACCCUCAACCUUGCGGUCAUCAAGUCCACGAAUUAAAGGAUACGUUCGAGCGAUGGAUGCUGAAGCUGGAAAAGGAGGGGUGCAUUGGGGAAUAUCAGCCGCCCGCGCUUGAGACGGCCACGUUGACCUGGAUCUACGCUGGUGUCAGUAAUGCGAGCUUUUACUGA